ACCUUACACCCAGUUACAGCUGUCUAUUGUUGUGUAUUGAUAUUGAAAUGUAUAGAAAAGAAGUUUUUAAUAAAAUCAUAUCUCUUCCAGAAGAGGACCAAAGGAAAUUGAUAAAAUGGCGGAACUUUGAAGAGGUUCCCAAUUUCUUGAAGUUUACAAGGAAAGAGAAUGAAGAAAUUGUUACCACUAUAAUUGAAUUGAAUUUGUUGCAAAAGAAACUAAGCAAAGAAGAAUUCUUUCAGACCAUACAUCACAUCGAACCACCAGAAAGCUUCCUCAAUCUCUUUAAGGAGAACAUUGCAUGUUUGGAUGAAUAUUGUAUACCUUGCACAUAUAAUUGGCGUGUUGACCUCAGUGUACCCAAAGUGAAUGCAGUGUUGAUUAAUGUAAACCAAUUUAAUACAAAAGCUAUAACAUUUAGAUUAGAUAUACCAACAUUCCAUAAACUCAGAUUUAAUGUAGCAUUAGUUCUAAAUGAAAUCAAGGAAAUUAAGAAAAAAUCAAAAAUUAAGUUAAAGUAAUAUAUUGAUAAUUUGUAUGUGUGCCAUAAAU